UUGCUGUACAGUAAUCUCAGAUUAGGAAGCGUGAUGGCUACAGUCUUGUUUAUCGCUGCCGGGUGAUUUAAUGCGAAAGCUGCCACAGUACCACUUCCUCCAUCAGUUACUAGUUGUGCCUACUUCUUGCAGCCUGGCAUCGGAAUAACACUCAUUACCUGAAGUAUUUGGAUCGAGAGUUUGAGAGAUGAAUACGUGAUGCACAGAGCAUUAGGCAGCAGCACACUUGCCAGCGAAAGGUCAUUUUAGGUGGAGUAAGCGGAGUACUCGCAAGGCCUGAGAUGUCUUCAGCCCAUGUGCACAAGUGUCAGUGUUCUUAUAAUGCAAACACGUGGCUGGCUGGCUGGACUGGCAACUGAAAAAGCAUAGAGCAGUACAUCAUUUUCUGAAACAACAGAAGAGUGUCACUCAGGGAGGAGGACGUGAGUGCAGAAAGACUUGGUUGCAUAUUUCAGAGGCUCCUUCCUCGGUCAUGGCCAAGAACGGAUAUUUCUAUCAGGAAAUGGAGCAGAGGGAGCGAGAUGAGCAGGAGGAAGGGAGUGAAGAUCGGGAAGAGAGUCAGGACUCUCCUAUCUCAUCAGGAGAUGACCUUCAUAUCUGCGGUAAAAAGAUACACCAAGGAGAUUCUGAUGUCCAUGGCUGUGUCUUGCUCAAUACAUCACGUAGAUAUGUAAAGCUGAUGAAUUUUGAGGAGGAAGUGAGGGCUCACAGGGACCUGGAUGGCUUUCUGGAGAGGGCAAGUAUUCUGCUGCAUGAGGAUGAGGCAUCGCUAGACGACGUGCUGAAGACGAUGCUCCGGCACAUCUCGCAGGACCCACACACGGCCGAGCCUGGCUGCAACUUUGAGGCGAUCAUGAGCUCACUCUUCACCGAUGCCGGCUCACAGGAGGUCAAUGUGCACCUGCUCUCUGAGACGCUACAGUGUGUGACAGCUACCGCUACGGGCAUCCAGUACCAGCAGUCCUGGCUCUGCAUCCUCUGCAAUGUGAAGAACUUACAAAGGCGGCAUGUGUGCAUCUCUCGGUUGGACCGUCCUCAGAACUGGGGGGAGAACUGUGCUGAGGUCCGCUACGUCAUCCUUAUACUUGCACCUCUUAAGAUGAAAAGCACUAAGACGGCAAUGGAGCUCGGCCGGACGUUUGCAAGCAUGUUCUCAGACAUCUCAUUCAGGCAGAAGCUGCUGGAGAGUAAGACUCCAGAGGAGUUUAAAGAGGCACUGGUCAUUCAGAGGCACCACCUGACUGCUGCCAAGUGCAACACUACCGCUGUUGAGGAGGAAGAGACUGACCCACACAGCCAGAAGCCACUCAAGUGUAGAGAUUUCUUCCGAGUGGGCAGAGGCAUCUAUGAGGAUUUGUGUCGCCGCCUGCCCUUCUAUAUAUCGGACUUCACUGAUGGCAUAGUGGGCAACAAUAAAGCACUAGUGAAGUAUAUCACGACAUCCAUUUUCCUCUACAUUGCUGUUCUGCUUCCUGCCAUUGCAUUUGGCUCACUCAAUGAUGAAAGCACAAGAGGACAAAUAGAUGUUCAAAGGACGAUCAUUGGGCAGAGUAUAGGUGGAAUCAUCUAUUCACUGUUUGCUGGUUCACCUCUGGUCAUUCCCCUAACGACUGCACCUAUCGCCAUCUUCAUCAGUGUAAUCAGAGGGAUCUGUGAUGAUUAUGAGCUGGACUUCAGUGCGUUCUAUGCCUGCAUCGGCCUGUGGAGCAGCCUGUUCCUCCUCAUUGGAGGAGUCUUCAACGUCAGUUUACUUGUUAAGCUCUUCAAGAGGUCGAUAGAGGAGGUGAUAGCUCUGUUCAUUUCACUUGCUUUUGUAGCAGAUGCUGUCAAAGGCACUGUCAAGGUCUUCCAUAGGUAUUACCAUCCUCCUACAUUGGCCAAUCGUAGCGUAGAGGACCUGCAUGGAAUAACUUCAGGGGAGAUGAACUUCACAGGGGCAGGGUUACUGUCGCUCUCGGAAGCCAUUUUAUCCACACGAGAACGGCCACUGCUUUGCCUCCUUCUGAUGCUUGGCACCUUGUGGGUUGGGUACACACUCUACCAGUUUAAGAGAAGUCCCUUCCUGCAUGCAAAAAUUAGGGAGAUUCUGUCAGACUGCGCUCUGCCCAUCUCUGUGCUCAUAUUCUCCUUCGUUGGCUCCUACAUCUUCAGCGACAUUGGCUUGCCUGUGUUUAACUAUCAUGAAGGUUCAUUGUUCCGACUUGCCUCCUUGGAAAAGCUAUCAGGAACCACUGUGGUAUCUGCCAUGGGGCUAGGCUUCCUUCUUGCUCUCCUCAUCUUUAUUGACCAGAAUAUUGUAGUGUCUCUGACCAAUGCCCCAGAGAACAGGUUACUGAAAGGUACAGCCUAUCACUGGGACCUGACAUUGUCUGGCCUGAUUAAUAUUUUGAUGUCGCUGCUGGGUCUGCCUUGGAUGCACGCUGCUUUUCCUCACUCCACAUUGCAUGUGCGGCAGUUGGCCAUUGUGGAGGAGCGUGUGGAAGGAGGACACCUUUAUGAGACAAUUGUAAGUGUGAAGGAGACCAGGGUAACAUCACUGUUGGCGAAUAUCCUGAUUGGUGUGAGUAUAUUCCUGCUGCCUGAUCCACUGCAGUGGAUCCCCAAACCUGUACUCUAUGGCCUGUUCCUCUACAUUGCCCUCACGUCCAUCGACGGCAACCAGAUGUGUGACCGCAUGGCGCUGCUACUCAAAGAACAGACGUCCUACCCCCCAACGCACUACAUCCGGAAGGUGCCACAGAGGAAGAUCCAUUAUUUCACUUUCCUUCAGAUGCUGCAGCUGCUGGUCCUCUGUGCGUUUGGAAUGUACCCACUCCCGUACAUGAAAAUGAUCUUCCCUCUGCUAAUGUUUAUCCUUAUACCCAUCAGGAAUUGUCUGCUGCCCAGAAUCAUUGAGGCCAAAUACUUGGAUAUCAUGGACGCACAGCACAUGUAAACAUGCACCUUCAGAAAACGGACUCUGGGAAUUGUAUUUCUGAAAUAUGAAACUCUGGGAGGAAAGACAGACUGAUUCUAGUGUUGUACAGCAGACAUUCUUGUGAAGCACUGUAACAGGAAAAAAAGAGAGAGAAUGUAGUUUGAAAGGCUGACUAUAUUCCUGUUUGUGUUUUGAUUUUAGUCAGUCAAUGCUUCUCUCACUGUUUUCUCAUGCCAAAGCUUCUCUCUUUGGUUAAUUCUUAUGUACCUCUGUCUCAUUAUGUGGACCACUCACUUGAGUUACUAAUCCAUGAAAUAAAUGUACUGACAUACAGUGGCAUUUGAAUAUUAUCCUGACAGGAAGAGACUGGUGACUGAUAAGCUCUUUUCAUAGUGUUUCUGAUACCAUACAAAAGGUCACUGAACAAUUGGAGUGGAGUGAAGUGGAUCUAUCUGUAGCAAUACCUCUUUGAUGUUGACAAUUUAGACAUACAAAACAAACCGGAUGACCCUUCAUUACUUCACUUUCCUUUAGGUGAAAGGUCUCUGUCAGCUCCUACAUGACGUGAAAUUAUACUGUUGAUCAUACACACUCCAAUGUGUUGUGGUACAUAUCAUUGAUGUGUGGUGCAUAUAUUAAAAACAAGUUAAAACAGACCAAAAGAAUACAUGCACCCUGCUUGAUACUGUGUUUUCAUAGCAAUACAGUGAUGUAUGAAUAUUUUAGAUAUUUCUAAGAGAGAUUAUUAUUGGAGUUGAUAUAUUUCCAGGAUGCAUGGUGACAUGUGUUCAGAAUGUAACAUUAGUAUUGAUGCUUCAGGGAUAGGGGAACGGGUCCAGACAAUGAGAGCUAUUUCCCACAAACUGUACACACUGCAUAACAAACUCUUACCGUAAGCUUUACAUAUUACAGAACAUCACCACUGUUUGUUGUCAAAACGCACAGAAAUGUGUGCGAACGCACACACAAGAUAAAUACGAAUAGGCAUGUACUUAUAAACACAAACUAGCAUGCUUGCUCACGCACAGUCCAUCCUGGCCCUAAUUUACACUAUAUAUAUAUAUAUAUAUAUAUAUAUAUAUAUAUAUAUAUAUAUAUAUAUAUA